UAUUUUCAAUUAUAUACAUUUAGAAAUAAUUUAUAUUCAUGUUCAUCAUGUUAUUAAGAAGAUUGCGGGACACGUCCCCUCCCCCGGGGUCUACGCCCAUGACCCGACCCGUCAUCAUGUUGUCUUCAAAGCGGAGUUGCGGCUAGAUCCGUUGAGCUUCAAGCCCCAGCAGUAGCAGCAGGAGGAGCCAUAUGGAAUAUAGAACCAUAGGACAGCUGAGCGGCCUCAGCGGCGUUAAAGUGGAUGUCGUCUGUUCGCUGAUGUACCCUCGACGUCAAGCAGAUCCAUGGCCAUUCAAGGGCCUAUACAUGAUCGAUUUAAAAUAGUUUUCAUUAUGAUUGAUAACCUUCUAAUUUAAUGUCAUGAAUCUGCAUCUAUACUUUUGCAACACUAACAUUUCUGUAUAUUCAUGUUCUCAUUUGUAAUAUUAUCUUUUUUCAUUCUGGGUCAGAAUCGGGAGAUGUGAAUUGUGAAGGGAACAGGUGUGAGAACUGGGAGAUCAACCAAAAACCACUAACUGCUACUUAUAAUGUUCAAACGAAUGCACAUUGUCUCAAGGUUAUUAGGCAAAGUGUCAGAAAGAGGAAAAAGUGUCAGUUUAAGUCUCAUUACUUAUCCAGGUAUCAUGUUUGGGGUAUAAAUUAAGCACAGAUUAAGGUACAUUUUCAGAAACCCAAAAUAUGGUCCUUAAACACUCCCAUUAGUGUCCUCAGACAAAAAUCUCUUCUGGUUGCACACACCUGUGCACGCGCGCGCGCGCGCGCGCACACACACACACACACACACACACACACACACACGCGCGCACACACGCACGCACGCACGCACGCACGCACGUAGGUCUUUCUCCUAAUAGGCCUAUCUCAUACUCUCUCUCUUCUGAACUAACCAGCUUUGAUGCCUCGUAAACAGACCUGAAGGAGGUGUGGCCUUUUAAUACGAAGCACGUUGCCCUCUUACGGCGCGUGCCCGCGCACACGCAAACACUCGCGUGCACGCUGGUAAUUUACAUGAUGCCUUUAUCGCAACGAUUCCAUCUCUUCAGUAGUGGUUCCUAGCUGGCGGGCCUCCCAGUCUUUAGUGGUUUCCUAUAUCAAACGCUUGGUGAGUUGUGAAGUGGUGUGAACUUCAGAUGUCUGCGGAGCCCCGCUACACCUGAAACACUUCUGAAGGACGCACGCACACGCACACACGCACGCCGGAGGUUUCCGGAGCUCCCAGGAAGGAAGACUUGUCUCAUCCUCUCCGACUGAUGCGGUUAGAGUUGAAAGAGUGUUUCCUAUUUAGAAAAAAGGUAUUUCAAAGCGCCUCAGAACGGGGCGGAUUAAGCGCUAAUGGUGCGAGGUUGCGGCGGGCUUUGGCAGAGUGCGGGUGGGCGGCUCGGCGCGUGCAUAAAAGUUGCUCCUGGGACGUCGCUUCUUCAGAGGAACCUGCAGCUCCCCCCAUCACAACUUCCCAGGACCCAGCCCAGAAAACAACCAUACAGAAACUUGGCUUAAAUAUUAUUAUCAUUGUAUAUUGCCUGUGAAUGAAUAGGCUGUGCAUCAGGCGUAUGGGAAGUGUUUAUUUCCGUGACUAAUAUUAUUCCCACGGAUAAAUUGGACCGGAGUAAAGGAGACCCGUGUAUAGGCUGUAUACACUGUAGUAUAGGCUGUAGGAGACCCGCAUAUAGGUUGUAUACACUGUAUAAUAGGCUGCAGUAGACCCGAGGGACAGCAGCAGUCAAGCCGAGCUCCACGAUAGACCCGACCAUAGACCGGACCAUAGACCUGACCAUGUGGCAGACUGCGCUCACCGUGCUCGUGACCUACUCACUCGGGAUGGCUGUGUGUCUGAACUCCAACGGCAUCCGCACCUCCAAAGAGAUCCUGGAAAGCUUGGAGCAGACAGACCCCCUCCCCAGCAGCAACACAUCAGACACAUCAGGAACCACCCUCACCCUGGCUCAGAACCCACAGAGGACCUGCUCCACGCCCGGGUGCAGUCCCCCAGAGAAGGAAGGCUGCAGUAACCGGUCUCGGAGGAGAGGCACAUCCACACAGGACAGAGAGGCAGACAGACAGGGGGACAGACAGGCCAACAGACAGGCAGAUAGCGAGAUCACCGUUGGCAACAGGACAAGAGGCAGCUGUGUGCGGAGCGGUGACUGCCAGCCGGGCUUCUGCUGUGUGCGCUACCUGACAGCCAAGCGCUGCCAGCGGGUACCGCUAGAGGGCGACGCCUGCCUGCUACCCGGCCGCUCCAAGCGGCGGCGCAACCUGGAGCGCUGCAGCUGCGGCCAGGGGCUCUACUGCAGCCCGGCAGGACCCACGGUAUCCGGGGCGGCCAAGAAACAGGGCGUCUGCUUGAACCGACCCGGACAAGGCCAGAGGAACACAAGGCAUUCUGGGAAGAGUAGGAGAACUGCGGAGGGUGGCUGCUGAAAGACUGUACAUCGGACAAACUUUGACAUUUAUCAACAGGUGGACUGCAUUGAAUGUCAGAAGCAGCAAUAUACUAUACUCAUAUUUAAUAUCCAUGAACACGACUUCCAGCUUGUUUUUAGUCUCAAAAGCUGAUUUUUUAAGUCAAUUACACCAGUAGGCCUAAUUAAUAAAAUAAAAAUGCUUUGUAAUUUCUGUGGGUCUUCGAAUGUUCAUUAUCCCCUUGUGAAUGACUGUUGCAAGAUCUUCACUCAUGCAAAACAAAUAUAUUUGAAUUGCCCGUUCUAGAUCAGAAUUUUCUAAAUAAAGACCUUUUUGUAAGUUACCAAAGCAGAUGGUGAGCUGUAUUUGUGCUUUGCUGUACAUUUCAUACAUCUGUGCGGUACCAUAGUGAGUGUCAGUCAAGUGACUGGAACUAAACCCUGUUGACCAUUAAUGCCAAUCAUGGAUAAACACAGAUAGCUUAGCUUCAAUUUUGGUCAAUGUG